AUGACUGAUGGAAAGCUCAAUCUCCCUGACGAUCUCCUUCUCUCUUCCAAGUCAACCGAUGAACGCCUCUCCUCCUUCAAAGAUCGAGGAGGAAUUGGUGAGGACAAGGCGCUGUUGAGUUUGCCUGAUGAGUCAAAAGGUGAUCAAAUGACUGCGGACAACUCCAUACCUCUUUCUCCACAAUGGCUUUAUGCUAAAUCGGUGGAUGCCAAGCCAUUAACUACUGGAGCAUCAGGGGAAACACGUGCAUCAAAUUCUUUGUCCCAUGGAAACUCCAACGAUAACAAUUUGAAAGACAAUUGGCGUUUAGAUGGAUCCCAAGACAAGAAAGAUUGGAGAAGGAUUGCUCCUGAGGUUGAAAGCAGCCGCCGUUGGCGUGAGGAGGAGAGGGAUACGGGUUUGCUAGGUAGAAGAGAUCGUAGAAAAGAAGACCAUCGUGCUGAUUCUGUUUCAACUAGAGAUAUUUCUGAGAAUAGAACUUUGUCAUCUUCAGAUCGUUGGCAUGACAGCAAUAACCGCAAUUCUGGGCUCGAAUCCCGAAGAGACAAUAAGUGGUCAUCUAGGUGGGGUCCUGAAGAUAAAGAGAAGGAUUCUCGAACUGAUAAGAGGGCAGAUGUUGAGAAGGAAGAGACUCACAGCGACAAACAAAAUUUUGGCACUGCUAGCCGCCCAACCACUGAUCGUGAAAAUGAUUCUCGCGAUAAGUGGAGGCCUCGCCAUCGUAUGGAAGUUCAUUAUGGUGGACCUGCUGCGUACCGGAGUGCACCUGGAUUUGGGUCAGAUAGAGGACGUGUGGAUAGCCCGAAUGUGCGGUUUGCUGCAGGAAGAGGAAGGUCCAACACUAGUGGAAACUUACAAAUUGGGAGGCAUCUUACUGCUGCCUCUAUUGGGUCCAUUCCUGUGGAUAAGAAUCGUACAUUCUGCUAUCCUAGGGGAAAACUUCUUGACAUUUACCGUAAACACAUGACUCUUCCAAAUUUUGAUGCCAUACCAGAUGGGAUGGAGCACGUAUCUCCAAUAACAAAGGAAAUUGCUACUAAGCCUUUGGCUUUUGUCGCACCUGAUGCAGAGGAAGAGGCUGUCAUUGGAGAUAUAUCUCAGGGAAAAAUUACAAGCAGUGUAGGGUUGAAAUGCUCAUUUAGAGAGAAGAAUCACUCAUCAAAUAAUAAUACUGCAGGAUUUGGUGAGGGGAAUGAGAGUUCCUGUGUUAAGACUGAAGAAAUUGCAGGUUCUUUUGGAAACAUUACUGUUAAUGCUCCUGCUCAAGUUACUGGUGCUGAGACGCUAGAUCUAUCAAUGGCUGAAGAAAAAGAUGCACAUGAAAAUGAUAAACAGAAGCAUACAACAACAAUUGGUAGAGCGUUGACGGAUGGCUUUGUGCCUGCAGUUUUCAAGAAAGACUACUCCAGCAGUGUUGGGGAGAGUGGUUCAAGUGACAACAUUGCGGAUUUGAAAGCUUUUGAGCAGACGCUGGCAGAUGUGGCUUUUCAGAAGAUCCAUAAGCUGGGGGAUACAGAGACAGCUACGUCUUUUGAGAUAGGGAGCCAGCUUCCUGAUGAUUCAAGUUUGCUAUUUGAUUUUUCUUCUGCGCAGAAAAACUCAAGCAGCCAUCAGUUUUCAAAGAAUAGCUAUAAUGAGCUACAUCCAUUUGGGAGUGCUAUCCCACCAGAGGAGCUAUCGUUGUGCUAUCUGGAUCCUCAAGGGACAAUUCAGGGACCAUACCUUGGAAUUGAUAUUAUUGCAUGGUUUGAGCAAGGAUAUUUUGGAACUGAUCUACCAGUUCGUUUGUCGGAUGCUCCUGAUGGAUCACUUUUCCGUGAGCUUGGUGAUAUUAUGCCUCACCUAAAGCUUAAACAUUGUUGUUCUUCAAGUACUAGUCCACCUGCUAAGUUACAACUAUCUGCUGCUGUCGGAGAAAGCUUGGAAGGGAGCACAGUGACUCCUCCUUCUCUUGAAUUUGAGGGCUCUGUUGUCAGGGAAGACCAGCAGUGGGCUUCAUCUGGGUUUGAGGCCAUUUCUAGUGUUAAUGGUCAGUCAAGAGUUCCUGAUCAUGGUUUUCUCUGUGCGACAGAGUAUUCUGAUGAUCAAAGAUUCCAAAAUGUUGUUGCUCCGGAUGAAGAAAUUGUCUUUCCUGGAAGGCCUGAAAGCAUUGACAACCCUUUGAUGAGAGAUGCUGCAGACAAUCAGAGUUUCGUUUCUAAUUCUUCUACCAACCCUGCCAUCUUAAAUGAAUUUUCAGAAACUGGCAUUCAUACUCAUCAUGAUGAAAUAGUUCAUCCAUUUGGCUUGAUGAUGUCUGAGCUCAGAAGCAACUCUAAUCUGAGGCGUGCUCAAUCCUCCAAUAUGGCUUCAAGCAUGGGUGAUGAAUUUCCAGCACAGGGUCAUGGUAUGGACCCUUAUACAGAGCGUAAUGUUGUUCUUGCCAGUCAUAGGUCCUUGGAUGAAGUAUCUGAUCAAUCCUGUUAUGCAGAGACAUGGCCUGAAGAUUAUAGGAAAAAGCCAAUCGCUAACCCCCACAUUGAUCUAGGUUCCGCAGAUGCUCGACACUUAUUCCACAGGCAUCCAGAGUUUAAUGAUUUUGACCAGCAGCGCCUCAUGUUGCAGAAACUGGAAAAGGAUUGUCAACAACAGAAUCAUUUAUCUCAUCGCUUCUCUCAUACUACGGAACUGGGUUUUGAGAAAAUUCCUUCUCAUCUUAUUGAACUACAAGUUCAACAACAACAUCAGUUAGAGCUUCAACAACAGCAGCGAAAGUUGGAAUUCCAACAUCAGUGGCAGUUGGAGCUUCAACGUCAGCAGCAGUUGGAGCUUCAACAUCAACAGCAGUUGGAGCUUCAACAGCGGCGGCAAUUGGAGCAUCAGCAGCAGCGACAGUUUGAGCUUCAGCAACAGCAGCUUCGUCAGUACCAAAUGAAAUUGCAGCAGCAGCAGGUUCUGGAACAUUUGCUGCAGCAUCAGAUGCCUGAUCUUGGCUAUGGGCAGGGAAAGGGAGAUACAGUGAGAGACAACUUUCUUGAUCAGAUUCAAUUUAGGACACGACUGGCAGAACUGCAGCAGAAUUCACAUAAUCCAAGGCACCUUGAUCUGUCGCUGGAGCAGAUGAUUCGAGCAAAGAUUGGCCAGAAUAAUCUUCAAGAACCGCAGACAAAUAUCUUAGACGUCUUAUCACAUGUGAAGCAUGGUAAUAUUCUCCCUUCAGACCUGCAAUUCCGUCUUCAGCAAGAACAGAUGCAGGCACAAGAGUUAUCUUUGGCAAGGCAGCAGUUAGGAAUGGAUGGGGAACGGCAAUUUGUUGGGCCAUGGUCCAUUGAUGAAGUUGGUCAGGCUGUCAGAAAUACAACUGGUCACCAGUCUAAGUCUACAGGAUUUAACACUUCAGAUUUUCACCUGCAACAGCAGAGGCUUUCCUCACAUGAUGAGCAUUUAAGCCAUAUCAAAUGGAAUCAUGCUUUACAGGAGCCACAUCAAGCUGGGUUUUAUGAGCCUAGCUCUAUGGCUUUUAACCAUCCGACAUCUCUUCCUGCUGUCACUCCUGGGAUGAAGUUGGAUAAUGUAAACAGUCUUUCCCAGAGUCCAGAUCCAGCAGAACAUCUGUAUAUGCAUUCUGCUGAUCAACUGGGUUCCUUUUCUGUCCUUUCUCAUCACCGACAAGUUUUUGAUGAUAUUCAUGCUUCUCGUGCUGAAAUGACUGAGAGCUACCUCUCUGGAAAACAAGGACAGCAAGAGAAUAGUUGGAUUGAAGGAGGGAUGCAACAGUUGCAUCUUGAAGCUGAAAGAAAAAGAAAUGUUUCAGAAGUUGCUGGAAACUAUAGUAUUUGGACAUCAGCUCGAGGAGGUGAGGAGAGCUCAAAUCAAGUUUUAAUGGAUCUUCACCAAAAAAUGGGUCUUCAGUCUAUUCGGUCAUCAGAAGAUGAUUAUCGGCACCUUGCAUCUUCUAAAUCUCAGGAAUCCUUCUGGCCAAUCACUGAGUCAUCCUCUUCAAAUCAUAUUCCAGAUCAAGAAGUAGCCAUAAAUGACUCAUUUAUGGAAAAGCCUCAAAACUUGAAUUCAAAUCCUCUGUUGCAUGAUAAUCCUCUUGUGGCCUUGAGUGGUCAAUUACACCAUCUAGGAAAUGGUGAAAGGCUGUCCCUUAGGUCUAAAUCUGGAGCACUAAGUGAAGAACCAGCAUUCAUGUCAGGCAUGGUAGAUACUUCUCAUGUUAAUCAUGUGGAUAACAGGUUUGGUGCUAAAUCAACCAUGGAUAAAGACUUGGCGGAAUUGGAUAACAGAUAUGGGUCCAGAGGCAUGAGUGCCAUGGCCAGGUCUGUUUCACACAUUGAAGAAAACUUUGUUGAACAAGCUGAAACUGCUAUGGAUUUUGUUAAUGCCAAUAGCAGGCAGAGUAGCAGGCAUAGUUCACUGAGUAGUGCAGGUGGUAAUGGAGGCCUUCACGGCUAUGAGAUGGGAUUAGAUAAAUCGACUGGUGAAGAGGUUUCUAAUGACAGAGCACGUACAUGGUUACACUUUGAUAGGAUACCAUCUAUUUUAACUGGAGGGCUUGACAGUGCCUUGUAUAAACGCCCACCAGUGUCACAGGCCUUAUCUUCCCAGGAUGUUUUGUCAGACAUGGCAUCUGCUUUGCAUAUCAAGCAAAACAAUCCUGCAAGCCUUGCAACUUCAGACGGAAGGAGGAACGAGCCUGUAGAGAAUGUAGCAGCAACCCGGGGAGUUGAUAAUCAGGCAUCUGGAAAAGAAGUGCGUUUUAGGAGGACCUCAUCAUACAAUGAUGCUGGUAUAACAGAGACGUCAUUUAUGGAUGUGCUAAAGAAGCCAGUUUUUACCGAGGCUGAAGCAGCUAAUGCAGCUGCUUUGGAAUCAUCUGAUGCUUCCCUGGCCGGCCGAAGUGGUAAAAAGAAAGGGAAGAAAGGAAGGCAGAUUGACCCUGCUCUCCUUGGCUUCAAGGUUUCUAGCAAUCGCAUUAUGAUGGGUGAGAUACAACAUCUUGAUGAGUAA